GUGGCCCACGUCAAUUUCGACCUUGACAAGCCACCAAAGCCUGAAUUCAGCGUCACAAACACACGUGUGUGGGAAGAAGCAAAGGGAAAGAAGCACAAGCAGCAAAGACAAGCGACAGCAGCAGCACAAGCAUCCAGCACACCACAUCCACCAGCAUCAAGCACACGCACCACGCACCACACCGAGCACACCAACAGCCAUGGGGAAGAUGAAGAGGACAAAGCGCUUUGCGCUUGUGAAACGCAUGAUCUCUGCCAAGGAGAAACAGAAGCAGCUGGAGCAAGAAGGCUUGAAGAAGAAGAAGAAGGCUGGCGGCAAGAAGAGUGCGGGAACACAUGGACAGCAAGUAGCACAGGCCUUGAUGGGCCGCGUCAGCAGACAUGAACAGGCAUCCAGCGCCCUCUACUUUCACUACAACACACAGCUUGGCCCUCCAUACCACAUCCUCAUCGAUACCAACUUUAUCAACUUUGCGUUGCAGAACAAGCUGGACAUCUUGCAAGCCAGCAUGGACUGUCUCUUCGCAAAGUGCAUCCCUUGCAUCACAGACUGCGUCAUGGCAGAGUUGGAAAAGCUUGGACGGAAAUACCGCAUCGCCCUCAAGGUUGCCAAGGAUCCUCGCUUCAAGCGGCUGCCGUGCAUGCACAAGGGCACAUACGCCGAUGACUGCCUCGUCAACCGCGUCUCACAGCACAAGUGCUACAUUGUAGCGACGUGCGAUCGCGACUUGAAGCGCCGGAUCCGCAAGAUCCCGGGCGUCCCCAUCAUGUUCAUCGCACAGCGCAAGUUCACCAUUGAGCGCCUGCCAGAUGCGCACUAACACCCAAGAUAAUUGACCCGUCGCAAUGACUGUCCACACCGUCGUACCCAUGUUUGCCUGUUCCUCUGCUUCCCUAAUUCCCUUUUCUCGUCCUCGACUGCUGCUGCCGUCGUCUCCAACUUGUUGCCUUCUCCCCUCCGCUUGUUGCUUGCUUGUUUGAUUUGUCUGUCAUCAUGACUGAUUGCCUUGCUUGCUAGCUUGUUACAUACACCGCAACAGCGGUCUGCCGUGCAAAGUCUGGGCGAGUGCCAUCGUGUGUGUGUGUGUGUGUGUGUGU